UGUAGCAAUGUAAACCGGUUUCCAGAAAUGAUUUUAAUAUUAAACAAAAUGACAUAAAUCAAAGCCGCUUUGAGUUCUAAUCGGAAUUAAAAAGAGUAAGGGACUGUGGAUGAAUAUGCUUCAGCAUUGGCUAAAUUAGUAUAAUAACUGACAAGCUGUUCUAUAUAGAAAAGUACUCGGUCAAACUGUUUCUGUCGACGACAAUAUGAGCAUGCAGAGAGAACGCAAAAUGUGCGCUGACCUGGCAGCUUUCUACGCUUUAGAUUUCACAUCCCUGUACAAAGAAUUGGUUGAUAAUACAGUGUUAAGUGCAGCAGUAGAUGCAAAAAUAUUAUCUGCCCUCAGUGAUUUUUCAUCGGAAAAGUUCCAGGAAACUAUCAGCAUAUGUAAAAUAUUGUUAGAUUUUAUAUGGGAGCAACUCAAUCAAGGACAUUGGAAAGAUGUCAAUAUAAGUUGGAGAUAUUCAUACACACUUGUUUCAGUUGUAAAAGCUUUGAGUGAAUAUGUUCUCCUAAGAAAUGAUGACGAUAGAUUUAAUUUUGACAAUAUCAUGAAGUCUUGUGACAUGGGAUUAUUAAUGGGAGCUCCCUUUUUAGAUAACAUACUUGCUAGGUUAUGCACACAUCUUAAUAGGGACUUUCAGAAAAGUUUAGAAUGUGUCAGUGAUCAUAAGAAGACUGAGGAAAAGAAACAUGUUUCAGACUCUGAACAUGAAAUUAAUGAGACUGUUAAACGUCAAAAACUUGUUAAGGAUGAUCUUGUUGAAUCAAUGUCUGAUGAAAAGUGUAUGAAGAGAAUUUCGUGUCCGUCAAUAGAGACAUUUAGACGAGACUUUUACUUGACGGAAACUCCAGUGAUCAUUACUGAUGUUAUGGAAGGUUGGCCAGCUCUUGAUAACAGAAAAUGGACUUUAGAUUACAUUAAGAAAAUUGCAGGAUGUCGGACAGUUCCUAUAGAAUUAGGGUCCAAAUACACGGACGAUUCAUGGUCACAGAAAUUAAUGACUGUUCGAGAAUUUAUUGAAACAUACAUCGAAAUGAAGACAAGAGAAACUGAUAUAGGAUAUUUAGCACAACAUCAGCUGUUUAAUCAGAUACCUGAAUUACAGAAUGAUAUUAUUACACCGGAUUACUGUUACCUCGGUAACAGCGAGGACGUUGAUAUAAACGCUUGGUUUGGACCUAAAGGGACAGUUUCACCUGUACAUUAUGACCCGAAGCACAAUUUUCUAGCUCAAGUGAUGGGAGAAAAAUAUAUACGAAUUUAUCCGCAGUCUGAAACAGAUAACUUAUACCCACAUGAUACAACUUUACUGAAAAAUACAAGUCAAAUAGAUGUCGAGAAUCCAAACUUUGAGAAAUUUCCGAAGUUCAGAGAUGCAAGUUAUGUGGAAUGUGUUUUGAAAAGUGGAGAAAUGUUGUACAUACCACCAAAGUUCUGGCAUUUUGUGAAAUCGAUUUCCAUCAGUUUUUCAGUUAGUUUUUGGUGGGAGUAAAGCACAUUUGCAUAUUUUUUGAUAACGUGGAAUAAGUUUAUCGAGUUGGAAGAAGAGAAGAAAAUAUUGAAGGAUUCUCAAAUUUUCUGUUAUGAUAUCUCAAUUUCUGACUAUUAUAAAAUAAGUAAUCCAAGUGACGUAAAAGUUUCACACUUGUAUAUAUGACUCGUAUAUCAUUGGAAACAACAACAUAAACUACAUUUAAUCUUUAUUCUAUCAAAUGCAAAUGUGCAAAUAUACAUUGAUUUUUAUUGUUUCGUUACAUAGUGAAUGUGUUAAUAAAAACAUGUAUAAGUAAAUGUGUCUUGGUGAAUUAUUAUUAGUGUUAAUAAAAACCCGUAAUAUUAAACAAAUUCUAGAAGACGACUUCUAUAUUUCCAUGCAUGAUCAUCUAUCAUUUAAGCCUUAACCUGUUGGAACCGGAAAUGAUAGGCCUUUGCCACAGUAAUAGAACA